CUUCACUUGAUAAUUAUUAAGUACUAAAAUAACAAAUGAGCAAUCAGAAUAAUAUUUGGGAAGACCUAGCAGCUCCUGAAGAAGAAAUUCCCAAAAGAAAUCAAGUGUACCAUUGGAAGAAUAAUACAAGCGUCCUUGUGAAAAAGUCUCAAACUGCAUCUUCUGAACUUGAUAAAUAUGAAAAAGAACGAGAAAGUUAUUUUAGCACUAGAGAGUGCCAGCAAGAAAAGAUUAAAAAAGUUUUUACACAUCACUUUAAAGAGACUCCAACUAUUGGAGAAAAUCCCCAAAAGGCAGGAAAUCAAAAUCUAUGCUUCUCUCAGACCUUGAAAGAAAGUAGAAAAAUAUCGUGCCCAGAAUUUCUUCCCGACUCUACUGAAGCACUAAAAGGAAAGCUUAAGAGCUGGAAGGAGAAAUGUAGCUAUAACCAAAGCAUAGCCUCUCCUAAGAUGCUAAAAAGCAUCCUGACCAAAUCAGCAGGCAACUUUCACUCUUAAAGAGCCUUAUCAUUACUAAUUUACUAUCUAAAUAAAUUUG